CCCCGCCGGGCUCUCACUUCCCCGCCCGCUCGGUGCCGCCCGGUCCGGUCCCGUCCCGUCCCCGCGGCGCGCCAUGGAGCGCGGCGUGCUGCUGCUGGCGCUGGCCUGGGCUCUGGGGCUCACCCUGGGCGGGGCGGCCAGGAGCCCUUACCAGCAGGUCCUGCACCACAGCCGGCUGCGCGGCCGGCAGCACGGCCCCAAUGUGUGUGCUGUACAGAAGCUUCUUGGAACAAACAGGAAAUACUACACAAACUGCAAACAGUGGUACCAGAGAAAAGUCUGUGGAAAAUCAACAGUGAUCAGCUACGAGUGCUGCCCUGGAUAUGAAAAGGUGCCUGGAGAAAAAGGCUGCCCAGCUGCAUUGCCACUGUCAAACAUCUACGAUACCCUGGGGAUUGUUGGAGCCUCCACCACACAAUUGUACUCUCUCAGCUCUAACCUGAAACCAGAAAUUGAAGCACCUGGAAGUUUUACAAUCUUUGCCCCAAACAAUGAGGCCUGGGCUGCUUUGCCUGCUGAAAUGUUGGAUUCAUUGGUCAGUAAUGUUAACAUUGAACUGCUAAAUGCUCUUCGCUACCAUAUGGUGAACAGACGGGUCCUAACAGAUGACCUGAAACAUGGAACGUCUCUUCCUUCAAUGUACCAGAAUAUUGAUCUCCAGAUCCACCACUAUCCUAAUGGAAUCGUGACUGUGAACUGUGCCAGACUUUUGAAAGCAGACCAUCAUGCCACCAAUGGAGUGGUCCAUCUGAUAGAUAAAGUCAUCGCCACCACAACGAACACUAUCCAGCAAAUUGUUGAGACCGAUGAAAAUCUUGAAACUCUUAGGGCUGCUGUGGCUGCGUCUGGUCUUAAUACCUUGUUAGAAAAUGAUGGUCAGUUCACACUCUUGGCUCCAACCAACGAAGCCUUUGAGAAGAUCCCACAAGAAACACUGAACAGGAUCCUUGGGGACCCAGAAGCUCUCAAAGACCUGUUAAACCAUCACAUAUUGAAAUCAGCCAUGUGUGCUGAGGCCAUUAUUGCUGGCUUGUCAAUGGAGACUCUGGAAGGUACCAUGUUGGAAGUAGGCUGUACUGGUGAUGAACUCACCCUGAAUGGAAGGCCUAUCAUUGCUGAAAAGGAUAUGCUAGCUAUCAAUGGUGUAGUCCAUUUUGUUAAUGAGCUUCUGAUUCCAGACUCAGCUAAAACUUUGUUUGAGUUAGGUAAAGAAUCUGAUGUUUCAACGUCUAUUGACCUUUUUAGACAAGCUGAUCUCAGCUCUCAUCUCACUGGAAAGGAGCGUGUGACACUUCUUGCCCCAAUAAACACUGUGUUCAAAGAUGGGACUCCUCCUAUGAAUCGGAACACGAAGAGUUUGCUUCUAGAUCACAUUCUUAAAGAACAGCUUUCUUCUAAAUAUCUUUACCAUGGACAGACGCUAGAAACUCUGGGUGGCAAAGAACUGAGAGUUUUUGUGUACCGCAAUAACCUCUGCAUUGAAAACGGCUGUAUUGCUGCCCAUGACAGGAGAGGAAGGUUUGGCACCUUGUUUACGGUGGACAAAAUGUUGACUCCACCAGUCGGAACAGUCAUGGAUGUUCUAAAGGCAGACCAACGUUUCAGUACGUUGGUGGCUGCCAUCCAAUCUGCAGGUCUAAUGGAGACAUUAAAUAGGCCAGGUGCCUUCACGGUGUUUGCUCCAACAAACGAAGCUUUCCGAGCUAUGCCACAAGGGGAACUGAACAAACUUAUGGGUAAUGCUAAAGAACUUGCUACCAUUCUGAAGUACCAUAUUGGGGAUGAAAUCUUGGUCAGUGGAGCAAUUGGAGCUCUUGUGAGAUUGAAGUCUCUGCAGGGUGAUAAAAUUGAAGUUAGCGCUAAAAACAAUGUAGUAAAUGUUAACAAGGAACCUGUUGCUGAAACUGAUAUCAUGGCCACUAAUGGUGUGAUUUAUGCUGUGAAUGCUGUCUUACAACCUCCAGCUUUUAGACCUCAAGAAAGAGGAGAUGAGCCUGCAGAUCCUGCACUAGAAAUCUUCAAACAAGCAUCUGCAUUAUCCAAGGUCUCCCAGAGGAGUGCUCGGCUAGCGCCUGUAUAUUCCAGGUUAUUAGCAAGGAUGAAACAGUAAAGUGAAGAACAUUCAGCAGAACAAUCCGCUUUUGCUGUGGUUUUAAGGGAAGGACAGAAUUUGUUUUUUAAAACCAAAUAUCACACUUAAGUUUAUUUUGUUU